AUGGAAAGGAUGCACAAUGUAACCGAAUUUAUUCUGCUGGGCCUGACCCAGGAUCCAGAACUGCAGAAACUCUUAUUUGCUCUGUUUUUAAUCACCUACGUAAUCACAUUGGCAGGUAACCUGCUCAUCUCAGUCACCAUCUUCAUCAGCCCAGCCCUGGGUUCUCCCAUGUACUUUUUUCUGUCCUAUCUGUCCAUUAUAGAUGGUUUCUACUCUUCUGCCAUAGCGCCCAAAUUGAUCUUUGACUUGAUCUCUGAAGAGAACACCAUAUCCUUCAGUGGCUGCAUGACUCAGCUCUUUGCUGAGCAUGUCUUUGCUGGAGCUGAGAUCAUCCUGUUGGUGGUCAUGGCCUACGACCGCUAUGUAGCCAUCUGUAAGCCCUUGCACUACGUGACUGUCAUGAGCCGACCUGUGUGUGCUUUCCUGGCUGGGAUGGCUGGGGCCCUAGGCUUUCUCCACGGAGGGAUCCAGAUUUUGUUCAUGGCUCAGUUACCAUUCUGUGGCCCCCGUGUCAUCGACCAUUUCAUGUGUGAUCUGACACCUCUCCUGGAGCUGGCCUGCACGGACACGCACACUUGGGGGCCCCUGAUCGCUGCCAACAGUGGGUCACUGUGUUUGCUUACUUUCUCGAUGCUGGUUGCUUCCUAUGUUGUCAUCCUGCGCUCCCUGAGGACUCGUAGCUCUGAAGGGCGUCGCAAAGCCCUGUCGACCUGUGCCUCUCAUGUCACCGUUGUCGUCUUAUUCUUUGUACCUUGUUCAUUCCUGUACCUAAGACCCACGACCUCUUUCCCCAGUGACAAAGCUGUGACUGUGUUUUGCACCAUAGUAACUCCUAUGUUGAACCCUUUAAUCUACACCCUGAGAAAUGCAGAAGUGAAAAAUGUCAUGAAGAAACUCUGGGCACAAAUAAUGAAAACUGGUGAUAAGUAA